UAGAUCAUGUAAGAGCAUCCCGUAAGUGCUACCCCUUGUAGGCUGGGAUCAACUCAUGGAUGCGUCAUAUUGAAACGCAUGCGAUUGUCCUGUGGUGAAGACUCGUCGGCCUGCACAGGUAUACGCUCUCAGACAUUGCGCGGACAGCGAUUCAUAAUCCCACAAUAGUGACAUCCAAGCUCCCGCGAAGAUCGGGUAUCAGUUGACCGCCAACCCAUCCUGGGCAUGCACAGCCGCAAUGCCAGGAAACGAGCGGGAGGAGAAAAAGGCGAUCAAUCGAGCGGCUGUUGGCCUGGCCGAGUUGGUGGCGACGGGCCAUCACACGCAUGCGAGCAGCGCGUGAAAACGACCGCGGCGAUGACGCCCACGACACCUUCGCGGUGCAUUCGCAGAGGGGGUGUGAGCCGUCGCGCAUAUUGGCCCCAUUUUGCCAUGGCCACUAGGCCCAAAAUACCAUGGGCGCGGCGUUGGGCCCCGCUCUCGGGCGUAUGCAUCGCAUUCCUUUGGGCGUUGCUCCAACGGUCGAUUUCUGACAGGUCGAAUUCCUUUUCCUGUGUGGAGCAUGAUUCAUGCGAUGUUGUUGCGGUCGACUCGCUGAUAUCGAUUGCUGCGGGAUGUGAAGCAAUUAGGAUUCUGAGCAAAUCGUCAUGCAUCUACCGUGUUACGAUCUCGCGCGUGGGCGAAGUUGAACAUCGCCAGACGUACCACUGUGAAGGUGCAUCUGUGCAGUGAUAACUUUAGCCAGAUAUACCUGUCAUACACGAGAGAUGCGGACCUUACCUCCGCGAUCGCAACCAGCGUUCUGUCACAUGAAGGUUAUCAUUG